AUGCUGAAGGAUGACCGACAACCCGGCGCUCUCGGAGAUCCACCAAGGACGCCUUUGUGGAUAACGGCCGCCCUGGCAGGUGCUGAUGUGAGUCGCAACAACCCUGACGGUGGGAACAUCACCUCCCUGGAUCCGCGCUGCCCCUGCGUUUCCGGUGGGGCUCAGCGGGAACCCCGUGGACUGCGAGUGCGAGAACGAGGACCUGUGGCCUUGUGGGUGGCACCUGGAGGGACUUCAAAGUUCCAAGAUGAGGGCCAGACGGUGUGUGGCUCACCAGCUGACAUGCAGGGCCGUCGUCUUGGUGAGGUGGGCAUCCAGCUACGGACGUUAUGUCACCAGACCCUGGGCUCCUGGGACUACCUUUUCUUUGUUGUCAUCGGCUUUGUCAUCUUUGCUGCUGGCACCGUGUCGGCCUGGGUGAUGGGCGUCAUUAUGGUGCUCUAUGAGCGCUACAUCAAGAAAAAAGAGGAGCAGCUGGACCCGGAAGAUGAGGAAGAACUCGGUGACAGGAGAGACCAUGGCAACGGGAAUUUGAAAAUGUCACAUACUGUUUAAAACAUUUAUUCCCACUCUUCCCAUUUAGGAUUUCCCACAGUGCCUCGUGACCACUUCCAGGACUGUAUGUGAAGUUUUAUUACACUUCAGUCAAACUGAGUCUGUUUAACAGGCUCCGCCCUGAAAGAGAAAAGAGAGGAUUCAAUAGAGAAUCAGAAUGUCAUUCUUCACAUUUGGAGUGGGCUUUCGGGUGAUGUAACACUCUCUGGCUGCCAUUGUGGAGCUCUCUAGGCCCUGGUUAUUACUGACCGCAUAUGCAAAUGUAUGACUAUGUAGUAUUUAUUUAUUACUUUGUAAUUUUUUACAGGGAUGGAGCCAAUAAGCUGGUUAUCUUGGAAGCAGCUAACUGGUCUGACUGUGACCGAAUGCUUUAGCUUUGUUGCUAAGAGUCAGACAAGAUUAGUACCACUCACCUUUCUCUCAUCAAUUGACUUUUGAUCGUUUUUAACUAUAUGUUACCAGUUAAAGGAUUUUAGUCAUCAGAUGAUCUUAAUUUAACAGAGAAAAAGGCAAAGCAACAAUGCUAGUUAGCUAGCAGCCUUUUCAGACGGACGUUGAACAGCAUUGGAGACACACUGAGUUUGAUCAGAGAACUCAAAAAACAAGAUACUUGUUUACAGUUUCAGAGGUGCUAGUAGUUGUAUUUUUUUAAUCUUUUUAACAGAGCUAAGCUAGCUGUUUCCCACUCUUUCAGUACAUUGUGCAAAGCUAAGCUUACCGGCUGCAGGCUAUAGGUUCAAAUUCAAAGAACAAAUGGAAGUGGUAUCAAUCAUCUGACCUAACUAUUAUCGAGAAAGCCCAAAAUGUGUCUAGCUACCCAUCGAAGAACAACAGCAAUCAGUGGCGGUUCUAGGAUCAAUUUGACUGGGGGGGCCAGGCUGGGGCCAGUUAUUUUCUGAGAGGGGCACAAUAAAUGCAGGACGAAAAAGACA